GCCUAGUGACCGUGCAGCUGGACUAUGGAUGGAAAAAACCCCAAGAACUUCCUUUUUAUAAGUCUGCGGUGCCGAAUGCAGCAGCCAACGAGGCUGGUGGAUCGGAUUCGUCUCAUCAAAUAGCGCGGCGUUACCCAUGAUGCGGCCAAACGAAUCAUAUUUUUCUGUGGAGUCUGAAAGUGGCCUCGAGUACCUCGACAGCAACUGGACGAUUCUAGGUUCCGUCCUGAACCCUGAGGAUGAUGACGACACGAGUUGGGGGUUCUCUCCAGAGAGGGAGGUCGAUCAUCAAGUGCGCUGGCCUAUCGGGGUUAUGCUCACCGCUCUCACGGUGCUCAUUGCAUUGGGCAACUCCCUGGUGGUUCUGGCUGUGCUCCUGGAGCGACAGCUUCGGACCUUUGAGAAUUUCUUCUUUGCCUCGCUGGCCAUCGCCGAUCUGUCUAUUGCCUUGUUCGUCUUACCCCUUACCCUGAGCGUGGAGCUAUCAGACGGUAAGUGGCAUUUCGGUCGUGCCGCUUGCGAUUUCUUCAUCUUCGUAGACGUGUCCUGUUGCACAGCAUCUAUUCUCCACCUCUGCACUAUUGGCCUCAAUCGUUACUGGUCCAUCUCUUCUCAUUUGAGGAACGGCACCAAACAGACCAAUAAACGGGCCUUCCUCACGAUCCUAUCGGUGUGGUUUCUCUCCUUCGUCAUCGCAUCGCCUCCGAUAUUCGGCUGGCCCAAAAGAACUAACAACAUCACCGACCAGUGUACGUACGACCAAGACCGACUAUACGUAAUCUGCUCAGCCCUAGGGUCCUUCUACAUCCCCCUUGUUGUCAUGCUAACAGUCUACUGUAAAAUUUACCGUCUGUCGAAAAAGGGGGCGCAGUUUCGACGAUCGCUGCCCCGGAAGAAUGGGGCUCCAGCUAGGGUAAGGCAUACCGGAACCCAUCGAUCGGCCUCGGAUCCUAGUCAUGACACGGACAGCAAUCAUCGAUUUCAUGGUUCUACCAUCACCGCAAGGCAUCCAGACGGGGCUGCGUCGAAUGCCCAGCUAGUCCACUCAUCCAAGGCCAAGGCACUGUCUCGGCAUAGAGCAAGGACAAGACGGAAAGUAUGGUGUCUUGUUCGCCGAGCUGCCUCGAAGAGGAAACAGAAUAAAUCAGGAAUGCAUCUUGCCGAGGUCAAAACGGCCAAGACAUUAGGUCUCAUCAUGACGGUGUUCGUAGUAUGUUGGCUGCCAUUCUUUCUUCUCUACGUCAUCAAACCGUUUUGUCCCAGUUGCUACAUUCCCGUGGCUCUGGACCGAGCAGCGCUCUGGCUGGGCUAUGCCAACAGUCUCCUCAACCCCAUCAUAUACAUCUGCUGUAAACCGCUCUUCAGACGGGCCUUCAAGAAGAUAUUGCUCCUUAACUACUGCAAGCAUGUCAAGCGCUACACCUUACACAUCGAGUGCUGUCCACCGGCACGUCAUAGAUUGCAUCACGUAGAGCGCCAACGACGUCACGUGACCAAUGGGGAGACAUCACUCGCCUAUCGUGCUGGCGGACAUCUAAGCGUCAAUAGCCCGCCAGAAAUUCUACAUAUCGACGACAGGUUUCACCGUGGGAGGCCAAGCUUUGUGCGUAGGUCGUCUGAGCAAGCAAGCUGGGCCUCAUCAGCACGUGGUGGUAAAGGCCGCGGCACAUCGGGUCGCAGUGGGUCUAGCAGCAGUCACGCCUCCAUUGAUUGGAGCUCAUUCGAUCGCAGUGUCAUGCGAGUCCCCAACGUUUGCGUUACUGACAUUCCUGAAGUAUUGGUUAGCAGUGAACACGAUCACAAACCUCACCAGACAACUGCAGGCUCAAAGCAAAGACAAGCCACAGAUCAAAGAGUGUACGGCCAUGCUAACUCAACACCGGUCACAGACAGCAACAUUGCAAGGACCAGCGGCGCGCAGCACCGGCAAAGCCCGCAAACUGAUCGCAUACUCAACUCCGAUAUUUCGCCGCGGGUACGAAUCCUCAACAGACGAAGCUCGUGGUCCUCGCCUGUAAACUGGAGGCGGCAAGAAAGUAGUUCCACGAACUAACCUACACUCACGAUGAAAUGUAAAUGUGAAACGGCACUUUUAGAAAUGAACAAUUAAUGCUUUAUGAAAACACACUGCACGUUACAAGUCUUUCGAUUGGCAUCACCACACUUUUAAUAUGCUGAACACAAUAUUGCAUGAAAACGUGGCGUCACUAUACGCAGUACAUUAAAUGGUAACUUAGCGCGCGGGGGAUUUAACGGUAUAAAACAAUAUUUUGAAAUUUUCCGACCGAGAAAAAAAGAAAAGAAAAGUGAGGGGGCGGGAGGGGGAAUGGCUCAUUUUAGAUGCUGUUAAUGACAGAUUUUUCUCGUGCUUCAGCCAGUUUCUUAUGUCGUUUAUAUUACAUUGUGCAGGUCGAAAAAUACAUAGCCUUACCAAAUCAAAGAUAUCUCUGGGUUUUUUUCACCAAUGUUAAACAAGACCAUGCCGGCUUGAAAAUGCUAUAAAAUUUGAUUAGCUAGUCUGACCAACUUUUGAGAAAAUCGGCGAUUUGUUUCAUGCUCAAUGGUAUUGGGACACCCUGUAGAUUGAUAACUACGCACAACUGUCUCUGAUGGUACACAUCUUGCAACAAAGCUCAGAAUAAAUAGGCCUAGCCAAAGUGAAGUAU